CGACUAUUUCUUUCUGCAGUUGAUUUUAUUGACUUGCAGCCGCAAUUAAUCAAUUGCAGACUGAUGGAUAAACAUUUAAAAAAACAGCGCGAGUUUUCUUACGCUUUUUAGUGGCAAGACUACUUUAUAGUUUCUUAUUUUUUUCCAAAGUUAGUACGCCAAAUCAAGUUAGAGCUAACGUUAUGUCUACAAAGAAACUAGCCAAAGAACUAGGAUUAUUGAGGCAGCGCAGUCAGUCCUCAAAUGGGUCAAAGAAAUCGCUGGUUUCAAAUCAAAUAUUCUCAUACCUGAUUGUAAUUGAUUUUGAGUCCACUUGCUGGAGAGAGAAAAACAACUACAGCCAGGAAAUUAUUGAGUUUCCUGCUGUUCUGCUGAACACAUCCACGGGGGAGGUCGAGUCGGAGUUUCACACCUACGUCCAACCCCAAGAGCACCCCGUUCUGUCCGACUUCUGCACCGAGCUGACCGGCAUUACACAGAUGCAAGUUGAGGCAGGGAUCCCCCUUCAGAUCUGUCUUUCUCGGUUUAGUCGCUGGCUGCAAAAUCUGCAACUCAGUAUUGGUGUGGUCUUUCCUAAUAGACAGCAGAUACCUUCUGCACCUUCAGCUUCUCAAAAACUGUGUACUUUCCUCACAUGGUCAGACUGGGAUCUUGGAGUUUGUUUGCAAUACGAGUGUAAACGCAAGCAGCUCCACAAACCUGGUGCGCUCAACAGCUGGAUAGACCUGAGAAGUACCUACAGGUUGUUUUAUGACAGAAAACCCAAAGGCCUGAACGGGGCACUCCAAGAUCUAGGAAUACAGUUUGCAGGGAGAGAACAUUCUGGCUUGGAUGACUCCCGAAAUACAGCUCAGUUGGCUGCGAGGAUGAUGAGGGAUGGGUGUGUGAUGAAGAUCACUAGGAACCUGACCCCAUUAAUGGUCAAACCCAUGUUUGGAAGCACAGCCACACACAACAAGGAAGAAAAAUCCAACAGCGAUACAGAGGAAAACGCACUUACCACAAACAAACCCUCAUCAUCCAAGAUUCCUCCCAAAUCACGUCCGAUAAAAUUGUGUUCAGAGUUUCUUACAAGGAAUUUAAACAUAAAGGAGAAGUCGGGUUUAGUUCAGGAAUCUGUUCCAAUCUGUCAAAGUGUGAUCUCACCAAAGACGCUGCUGAAUGGUACAACUACGCCACCAUGGGGGAGGUCAGUUACAGCAGUCUCUAAUUUUUCCUCUUUGGUUAUGGGAAAUUGUCCUUCACCACACAAUAACAACAACAUCAACAACCUUGUUCUGUGUUCUACUACUGUGGACUGCCUUUCAAAUCAACCUCAGCUAAACCAGACCUCAAUAACAGAAGAGACAACAGGUGUUGUGGAGCAAGAAGAUGAAGAUGUUUUUUUAGUGGAAACAGAGGACAGAUGUGGUUCAUAUGAUGGUGUGGUGUUGGACGAUGAUGAUCAUGCCAUCAGUGAAACAGAGAGGGAAUUUUUCGUUGACUUUGACAGUGGAUGUUAUGUGUGGGAGGAGACUGCUGAUGCACAUUCACCAGGUGGUCGGGUCACACUAAGGGACAAUAUGAGGGAAACCGCAUGUACUGAAAACAACUUUGAAACUCAACAGGUGACCAGUAAGUCUUCAAUGACGUCUCUGUCUACAAAGAACAUGAGAUCCGAUGCAAAUGUGUCUAAUCACUUAAAAGAAAUCAGGCAGUAUUCAAUGAUCCCAAAGUCCAGUAAUUAUUUUGCUGCGCCUAAAAUUGGUACUUGGAAUUCCAAAUCAAACCAGAACAAAACAGGACUUAAAACCUGUUUACAAGUCCAACAAAAGUCCAGUGAGCCCCAUAAAAACAUCACGACAAACACACCCUUUCCCUUCAAACACAAACCCUUCAUGCCAGAAAAAACCUCCACCCCUAAUUCAUCAUUUGCCAAACCCAAAGGAGUCACUGCACAACACAAAAAUCACAGAGAGACUCUGAAGUCUUCCUUUGCCAUCUACACUGACCCAGAAAAACCCUCCCGUCCCUCCUUGUGUCGCUCUGUUCCCACCUCCAACAGUGUCCUUUCCUCUUUGUCGACCAACAGACUCUCCUCACAUAACAAUCUUUCUUCCAUUUCCGCAUCAGUGAAAGGAGGACCGAGGAUCACAUCUCCACUGUGUGCAUGUGGGCGUCGUGCCAAGCGUCAGGUUGUAUCCAAUGGUGGCCCGAACCACGGGCGAGGGUUUUAUUGUUGUCCGGUCCGCCGGUCAGGCAGCGGAGGAGGAAGGGUCCAGAAGGGAUGUGAAUUCUUUAAGUGGGAGUCAGCUCUGAUAAAGAGCAGUUCAAUGGCCUCUCCUGCUGUCAGGUCCUCCGUCUCACUCUGUCACAUCAACUCGACUCUGAGCUGUCGGCCACCCCAGAGAUCAACGAUAAGAAAGAGCUGUUAACUUGUUGUAGGAAAAAAAAGACACGAUGGUGUGUGUUCUACCUCAGUCACAAAGACAGUUGGCAAAAAUAAUAUUUUGUUUGAUAUUUGUACAAAGAUAAAACAACCAUGUGGGAGAUCUCCUUUUACAAAACUAUAUUCAAUAGUGCAAAUCCAAGCUGUUGUUUUACUGAUAUAUUGAAAGCUCAGUUUAAUUUACUGAUUCUAUUUUGUGUCUGACUAGUUGUUAUUUAAAUUUUUUAGGACAUAAUGAGCAUGAAAGAAUAAUGACAAUUAAGUGAUGAUGAAAUGAUUUAAUAUGUUAAUAUGGUUUUUUUAGAGAAA